UAUAUGAACGUGGCCUUCGAUUUUACUCUACCCUACCUGACUGAUCUCAACUACUCUUUCUGAAAAAACACCCAAUUAAAAGACACCAGCUAUCCCCAGGUUUGCUGAGACAAAUAGUCGUUGACGCUUCAUCUGUAAAGUGGUGUUGUUGCUUUCGCGGAGAACCGAGCACAGCGCGACACGUGCCAGACGAGACUAACCAAAAGCGGAUUAGCGACUCCGUGACGCUUUCGAAGGCUCUGCUCGCCGCUGGACAAUCGUCUCUUGUUCUUUUCAUUCACCUCCACCAGCAAGUUGGUCCAGCAUAAAUCAAUAAAUACAGUACCAAGCGCACCCAGUGGUCUCUCCAACCUUGUUCCGAGUAUUUUAUUUUCGGCUUGUUACCUCGACUCUUCUAAUCUCAAGAAACCGCGUGCAACCCCAGCACCAAGUUUAAUUCGCCUUGGCCGUUUACAUCCAGCAUAUUGCCCAAAAGCACACCACCACCUCGUCGUUUCGAUCUUGCCACUCGAAACCACAUCUCGAGUAUCGGAACAAACCCCAUCUCGACGAUUCCACCUCCACAUAAUUCACAAUGACGCACCAAGACACAUUCAUCGACGAUGAUGAGGAUACUUGCCCCCUCUGCAUCGAGGAGUUCGAUCUCUCAGAUCGAAACUUCCGUCCAUGCCCCUGUGGUUAUCAGAUAUGUCAGUUCUGUUUCAACAACAUUAGGAACAAUAUGAACGGGCUAUGUCCUGCGUGUCGUCGUCCCUACAACGAAGCCACGAUCGAGUACAAAGUUGUCACACCUGAGGAAUACGCAGCAUUCCGAGCCAAUGUGGCCAAGAGCCAAAAAAAGCGUGCCGCUGAGCAACGGCAAAAGGAAGCCCAGAAAAGAGAGGCCGAAAACCACAGUCGCAAGAACCUUGUCGGCGUCCGAGUUGUCCAAAAGAACCUGGUUUAUGUGACCGGGUUGCAGCCGACAGUUCGUGAAGACGAGUUGCUCAAAACCCUUCGAAAGCCCGAAUUCUUUGGCCAGUACGGCAACAUCCAGAAAAUAUCGAUUAGUAAUCGACGUGGCACUGACGGCCACAACCAAUCUCUGGGUGUUUACGUCACCUUUGAAAAACAGGAGGAUGCAACCAAGUGCAUCCAGGCAGUCAAUGGGUCCAUGAAUGGGGACAGAGUCCUCAGGGCGCAGCUAGGAACGACGAAAUACUGUUCUGCUUGGUUGCGGCACGAGACAUGUACCAACCGCCAGUGCAUGUUCUUGCAUGAGCUGGCUGAGGAGGAGGACAGCUACACGCGGCAGGAUCUAUCGUCCAUCAACGGCAUCAAUGCCCAGAAACCGAUACCCCACGCCGCAGGUUCUUCUCGCUCUGCAUCAAGACAGCAGAGCCAUCCUUCGCCUGCACCGGUAGCUGCCCAGCCCAUGAUUCGCAGUUCUAGCAAAGAUGGAUCAGACCACGGCGAUGGCCCGGCGCUGCCUGCCACCGCGAACUGGGCACGUAACCCACAGGUUCGUAGCAGAAGGGGCAGCCAUGCCACUAGUGGUGCCGCACCAAGCCCUGCCAUCUCGAAUGCGCUGCCAGUUACGACCGAGUCUGCUGUGGAGGACGAGCCAGUUGCCGAUGUACCGGCUCCCACUCCAGGGCCUUCCACCGCAGCUCCGGCAUCUGCCCCAGUACCUCCCUCGGCGCCAAGCCCAACCCCCGCAGAGGCAUCGCCGGCUACGCGAACCAAGUCGGCCAAAACUCCUGCUGAAAGAGCCAAGCGCACCACUCAGGACACCCUCAAGUCUCUGCUCAAGUCGCUCGAAGGCUGCGCUCUGGCGUGGCCAAAACCGAGUGCUGAGCAGGAUGAUGCUUCCAAGUACCCUCCUCUUUUCGAUUCUCGUGGAGGCGAGCGUCGCCGGGCGAUGAGGGAGUCCGAGGCCGCGAGCACCACUGGUGACCAGCUUACUGCGAGUGUCCGUGAGCCCUCAGAGGGCGAGCCUGAAAGCAGUGGCAGUCUCGCACUGGGUGGCGAACCAGAGGACCGGGAUCAUGUUCGUGACACCCACGGCUUUGACCCACGGCGCACCGCUCAACCACCCAUUCAAAGAGGCAGUGCCGAUGGCUUCUUUGGUCAAGCUGUGGGCUCUGGCAUGACCCAAUCGACAUCGAAUCUUGGGUCUAUCGGUACCGCCAGUAGGACAAUGACGCCUCAACAGCGAAGCUUCAUGCGCCCCCCAACUGGGUUUGUCGAACACUUGACAGCCCAGACCAACACCCUCUUCCAGGGACAGGGCCACAACCGCCAGGGCUCCCGCUUCAGCUUCGCCAACGACAACAGAGACGCUGCAUCCUCUACGUCGGUGAAGCUCACGGGCAAUCCCCGCAUCAUGGCUCAGCAGUCGUCCAUGAUGCCUUCAACGUUCCACAACCAGGCUGGCAACCAAUACUAUGGUUCCUCCAUGCCGCCGCCGCCUCCGGGUCUCAAGUCGACUGGCACACCUCCCGGCAUGUUUGGGCAGCACGGAUUUGGCUUGACGGCGGCGUUCGGCGGGGCGUCAAAGGAUAACGAGAUUAUGCAACAACUUAUCAACCGCAACAGGGGCGGAGGUGCCCAGGCUCAUGAUUCCGGUAAGCGUGAGUACACGUUCUCUUUCAACCCUAACCAGUACCCACCUUCCAACUCCUCGACCCCGGCUCCUGCCUCGAACCACCUCGGUUCGCUCUUUGCCUCGCAGCCUGGAGCAUUCCAAGACAUGGGUUCAAAGCAGAAGAAGAAGGGGAAGAAGCACAGAAACGCUAACACUUCCUCCUCUGGGGGGAGUGGCAUAGUUGAUCUUGCAGACCCGAGCAUACUUCAGGCGCGAAUGCAGUCGCAUCAGCAGAGCUUGCAACACCAGCAGCAAACCCUGCAGCAACAGAGCAAUGGCGGACUCGGGCUAGGUGUGUUCGGCGGUCAGUCGCAAGGUGGGUACACCAACCAGGAGGACGACUUACUCUCACUCGAAGAGUUUAGACCCAGCAUCGACGCGCUUGUGGCGGAUGAGCCUAUCGAUGUCAACAUUCGACACCCCCCUGGGGGCUUUGAGAUUUUUGGUAAGACUGGAACGCCUUCGGCGCCACCCGGACUUCCAAUUCCAAGCGUUCAACAUUCACCUGCUAUAUCACAUGCGUCACUCCACACCAUGAACUUUGGGCGACAAACCCCGUCAGUGGCGUCGCCCAAGGUUUCGUCUAAAUCUGCCCCAUCAGCUGCCCCAAGCCCGCUGAUAAGCAAACGCACAAUUACUCCAUCAGCCUCUGAAGCGAAAAAUAUCAUCAAGGCACUGGCCGCUGAAAGUGGUUUAUCCAAGGAGAUUGCAAAAGCCAAGGCCCCAAAGAUAGUCACCUUACAGGACGAAGAUUUCCCAGCUCUCAACUCACCAAAGGCUUCAGCUGCGGCCACACCUGUUGCUACACCAAAGCCAGCACCAAGUAAAAUAAGCUCUAGCAAGAAGUUGAUAGGUGAGGCCGCACCUGAGAAGAGCGCCAAGAAGACCAAGAAGGAGGAGAAGAAGGAGAGGAAGGAAAGGGAGAAGGCCGAGAGAGCGGAAAGGCUUGAGAGAGAGAAGGCCGAGAAGGCGGAAAAGGAGAGGUUGAAGGCCGAAGAGAAGGAGAAGGAGAAAGAAAAGGCUGCUGCUGCGGCUGCUGCUGCGGCUGCGGCUGCGAGGACGGCACCUGUCAAGGUUUUGGAGGCGCCUUCAACUGUUGCCAUAUCCAAGGCCGCAGAAAAGUCUACUGCUGCUCCUGCUGAUAAGAAGAACGACAAGCGUCCUGUGCCUGGCGUUCUCAAUAUCGCGGCUGCCACCAAGGUCUCCCAGAUUCGGAAUCUGGAAGCUCCCUCGGCAUCGACAAAGUCGACUACCGCAGAGAAGGACUCGGCGUUCCCUGCGCUGCCUACUCCGACACCGGUUUCCGUUUCGUCACCACUUUCACGGGCUGCACCUAAAACUCUAAGACUGGUGGCCACGCCCAAGACGGAGACACCAUCAACGCCUAUCAUGGGUGCGGGUCCGUCUGUCACCGCGCCCUCGGCGCGCUCAUCGGCCGCGGCAUCUGCCCAUCGGCCUGAGACACCUGCCAGCGAACUGAUCUCCGACAGCGCUUCCAUUAUUUCCGCUUCCAUCUCGGCCUCGCGGACCAACUCGCCUCCUCCGUCUUCCAGGAUUGGGUCCGCCCCAACCCGGACCACGACCAAGAGCCAACAGCGAAAGCAGCGCAAGGAAUUGACCAAGAAGGAAUCGGCCGUCCUCGCUGCGCAGCCUAUCAAGCCAGAGCCCGAGGUCGAGAUUGGGCCCAUCAUCGGCCGCAAGAAGAAGCAAAAGAAGGAAAAGGAGAAGCCAGCUGCUACACCGACCACGGCGAAGAGCAGCUCCGAGCCACCGCCUGCUUCCCCUGCUCCCUCAACAAAGGAGACCAAGGAGUCCAAGGAGGUCAAGGAAGUGAAGGAAGAGUCUUCAACCUACCGCUCUACCGCCAAUGAAACUACUACUUUGACUGGUGAGCCUACUCACAAAAACAGAUAUGACUCCAACACCCCCGAUGGUGGCAACCAGCAGAACGCCGCCGUCCCUCGCGAGGGGCCCUUGCCUCACGAGAUCCUUCAAAGCCUCCACGAAGCCGGCCUAGUUCCCGAGAACCUCGAGAAGCUCGCCUUCUUCCAGCCCACCACCAUCCCCCUCGACCGGUGGAAAAAUGACAUCAACGCUGCGGGUCUCUGGGAGCUGGCAGCCAAGAACACCAUGACUCCCACCAAGAACAUGGUUACCGAAGAGGAUCAGGCCAUUCUGCUGUCUGGCAAGCCCGUCAGGAAGGUCGUCGACGGUGUCCGGAUCCUCAUCACCCCCAACGGUGAUUGCGUCCGCAACCUCACCGCCGACGAGGAAGACAGAUUUUUGGAGCUCCAAAAUGCAAUCGCGGAGGAGGCAGCCUCCCCGGCGUCAUUCAUCUCUUCCCGUCACGACACGGGUUCUGGGUUCUCGCUCGUUAAAGGGAGAGCUGUUCCCAAUGGACCACCGAGUUACUUCCCCCAGGGCAAGGGAGCUUUUCCUAGCGAUCCGGUGAACAAGAUCCAGAGGGAAGAGGCGAUCUACUACAUCAAUCAGUAUGUCCUCCCGAGACUGAACCUCAACUCUAGGGAUAUGAGUUUUCCUAAGGCGAUCUCCAACUGGACUGGGGGGAGUGGACAAGGAGGGGGACAGCAGCAGCAGCAGCAGCAACAACAACAACAGGCGCAAGCUAAUGCUGCUGCGGCGGCGAAUUUGGGGGCGAUGGCGCCGUGGUUGUAUGGAGCUGGGGGACCGGGGAUGGUUGGGCAUGGGGGGGGUGAUAUGGCUGAUGCUGUUGCUCCUGAGCUGAAUUAUCCUGGUCCGGUCGGGGCGUUUGCUGAAGCUGGGGGUAGUAGUCCGGGUGGGUUUGCGAGUUAUCUUGAGGGAGGGGUGGAUGGUAGUGGUGGUGGUGGUGGUGGUGGUGGUGGUGGUGCGGAGGGGACAGGAACAGGGCAGAGACAUGUUCCCCCGGGCGCUGGGGGGCCGGCGGGGCCGUUUGGGAAUGUGCCGCUUAUGAGUUUGGAGGAUGCGGAGCAGGCGCUUUCGGCGGCGAGGAAGGAGGCGGAGAAGCUGGAGAGGAGCUUUGAGCAAGAGAAGGAGGAGGAGGAUAUGGGUGUGGUGGUUCAGGAUGGGGUUAUUUUGAUUGGGAUGGCGGUUGGGUUGGCGAGGGCGUUGAGGGGGUUGGGGAGGGUGCAUGAGGUUGCUUUUGCGGCGGUUUGGAUGGCUGUUGUUUUGGUGGAGGGGUUGAUGAGUGCUGUUGUUGGGUGGGGGGUGGGAGUGGUGGAGGGGUGA